AUGGCCUAUUUAUUGUUGCUGGAGGUGGUGGAUGCGGUCGUCAGCGUCUUCAGCGCCCGGCCUGCGGAGACCAAGGCGGCAAUGUCCAACGCCACGAAGGGGCUGGAGGCAGCGCAAGAAAAGACGAAGAAGGAGCUACCUCGGCUGUCCGUGUCCAUAUCCCUGGACGUCGCGGCUCCCAGAGUGGUCGUACCCGUAUCGUCCUCCCUCGACGCUGGGUUCGUGCUGUUGGACAUGGGCCACUUGCUGGUCGAAGGCGGGAGCGUCGAGGGCGGGGCCAUGGCCUACAGUGCCGAGCUCAGCGACAUGAACGUGAGGUUCCCCGCGGAGAGGUCGUUGCUGCUAGUGCGGAGCGAGAUGGACGCGGUUAUCGAACCGUUCAAGAUCAAGGCGGAUGUGACGGUCGGCGGAGGGAUUUCCAAGCCUGGGAUGGCAUUUGUGGUGGAGGUGAUGCCCGGGGUGAGAGGCGUCAUGUCGCCGGUGAAGAUUCGCGGCCUGCUUCGCGUGCUGGACUACGUCACCAAGGCCGACCUAGGGCGAGGGGGGCCGCCCGUGGGUCUUGCCGCACCCAACACCUCCACCGGGGGAGGGGGGUUAGGGGUCGAGCGGAUGGGGGAGGGUGACGGGUUGGUGGCGAUUGAGGUGGAUAGCUCGGCGGGAGAGGAGGACGUUGAGGUGGAACCCUUGGUUUCCGUGGAGCUUCACAUGAAAUUGCCCACGAUAGGCUUGCUGCUGGUACAGGAUGAGGACGCCACGCAAAGAGACAACGGACUGCUCAUGGAGGCGGCGGGCAUGUCGAUGGACGUCAAGACCACGCUGCGGGACAUAACCGUACAACUCCACUUGGACGCCGUGACGGUCCAGGACAGGGCCAGGCCGCACGAAUCUCCGUUUAGGAACAUGAUCUACUCCAAGCCGGAUGAGACGUCCCACGGCGGCCUGAUACACGUCACCUACUGGGCCUCCAUGGGAGGGGUGGCCCUCGUGCCGCCGGCGUCGAUCGCGGGCACGAACCAGAAGGAGUACGACAUGGUGCUGGAUGCUCGGUUCAGCACGCUUCAGAUGGCACUUGACAAGGAAUCCGUCAUCAAGGCCACCCCAUUCUACCGGGCGGUAAUGAGGCAGGACGAAUCCCAACACAGCAGUAGUCAGGCGGCGGGUGGUGGUGUUGGUGGUGGGUUCAACAGGGCAAAGAGCUGGAUGGACGAAACCCGCUCCGUGCGGUCGGCAGGCUCGCACAUUUUCAACAUGGCCAACCGCAUCACCUCGACAAACGAAGGACCAAAGGCGAUCCUCGCCAAGGCCUCGCUAACUUCGGUCCUCGUCGAGCUCGUGCGAUCGGACCCCUGGGAGACGGUGAUGCGGGCGGGUAUCUCGGGCCUAAACACGACCUACAGUUCCAACGAGGGGGGGGGAGGCGGGAUGAAUGCGCUGGUGACCCUGGCGGACAUUCUUGUCACCGAUGUCCGGCCAGAAGCGAAUGGAAACCCCUUCACGGUCAUCUUGGCACCCUUAGCAUCAUCUGCGAGGGGCAAAACUCACGGCGAAGCAGGUGGCAGUUUCGGUAGUACUAGCGGCUUCGCCGAGAGGGCAGCAGGCCUGAGGCCGAUUAGGGGCGGGCUCGGCGUUGGCGGGUGGGGUGGCGGCGGCGGCGGCGGCGGCGGCGGCGGCGGCGUCAACAUAGCCCCUUUGGUCACCGUAACGGCUAAGAAGGCCGGUGAAGAUGGAGCCCUGGACGCGGGCGUCAAGCUAGCAAGCUUCGCGUGUAACUUUAUGGUAGACCCAAUCAAGGAGUGUCUGGUGGUCUUGCACCAGGUUAACCUAGCUCUACUCAAGAUGCUGGGCAGCGGCGAGGCGGAUCGAAGCCAUGAGCACACCACUCCCAGUGAAGGAUGGGGGGCGCAAGGACGAGUUGAAGCUGGUCCUGGUUCGUCGUGGGCUCUCUCAGCUUUGGAAGAGCGGGAAGAAUAUGGGUCGGAGAGCACACCGGCGAUGGACAGUGGUUACCUAGCGCGGGGCCAACAAGAGAAGUCAAGCAUGUUGGAGUCGGCCGCUUUUGACGAGGCCUCUCGGUACCGUCGUGACGGCGGAACGGCGGGGAGGGCGCGGACAGGAAGACAACCAGGGGGAUCGACCACUGCGGCGGCUGCGGCGUCACCUGGUUCGAUUCGAGCUCGUCUGGAGCUGGAUGACUGGAGGAUCAACCUUAUCGAGGAGCCGUCCAAGGCGAGCAGCAAGGUCGUCGUGCUACGCGCAAGCUGGCUGGCCGUUUUCACGCGCUCGGUCACCUCGGGGGAAGGAGGCGACAGCACAGAGGACAGGCUCGACCUCUCGCUCUUGAAAACCGAGUGCCUGGUCGACACCCCUCCAAAAGGCGGCAGCAGCAACGGUGCGGUUGCAGACCGCAGGAUCAGCCAGGUGCUGGAGCCCUUCUCCGCGGAGGUUUGCGCUGUCCUCUUGUCGGCCAAAGGAGCGCUGCUCUCGGCGAAGCUUCACGUUGUGGUCCAGGCCACCCGCACCUGGAUUUCCUAUACGGACAUGAUGCUGGUCAAGGCCAUCGCAGAACGUGCCACUACUGCUUACGAUAAAGUCUCGUCCGCGUUUGCGAACAACGACGAGGCGUCAUCCCGCGGCCCGGGAAACGAACGGGGCGGCGAUGGGCGUGCCGGUCUGUUAAGCAGCAUACUGCCGGAGACAUAUGAGGGCACAAGCGACCGGCCGGGCGGCGGCAAGGGGGAGAAAGCGCGCGUCGCCGCGAUGAAGGCCGCGACGAGGGCCGGCCUGGAGCCGUCGAACAUGGUCGCGGUGUCAUUCUCGGCCCGCUGCUCGAACGCCCGGGUUGUGCUUGUGAACGACUACGAAGGGCAAGGGGUGCCCGUCCUCAGCUUCUCCUCGCGGGAGCUGAAGGCCGAGGGGAACGGUUUCAAGGAGGAGUACCACUUGAACGUUUCGGGCACCAUGGAGGUGAUAUUUUUCAACGUAAAGGUGGUGAGGUGGGAGCCCCUGUGUGAGCCGUGGCAGCCGGUGCUGACCGCCACCGUUGGGGCGGACUUCCAGGGGAGGCGGACAGUGCAGGUGAAUCUCUCGUGCGAGAAGGUGGUGGUGUUCGACGUGACGGCCGACUUCAUGGAGUCGUUCCUGUCGACGUACUGGAUGCUCUUCAGCGACGGCGGUGCGAAAGACGACCCGUUCGCCCUCGUUGACGAAAAAAUCGAGCGAGGGAACGGCAGCACCCCAUCAGCAACGGGAGGUGCGGCUCUUGCCUUGGAGUCGGUGACCCCCUUGAUUGACCUUUCUGAACCGAGCACACUGCAUCGCAUCGAGGAUUCCGUGCCCAGCCUCAAGGGGCUCAGGGAAGGCACCGUGACAGUCAGGAACAAGACCGGGCUCGAGCUUGUUGUCGGCACGACGGAUUUCCCCCAGAAUCGCCUCAAGCUCGGGGCAAAGGGCGUCGUGCACCUCCCCUUUGAGACGCGCGGCGAUGAGGCGCUUGCGGGGCAACUAUAUCUUCGCGGAAAGGCGGCGCUGGUCACGUGGGACGACCCGGAUAUGCAGAGAACGCGGGAGGCUUUGCCGCCCCUGAAGGUGGACAGCAAGGGGGUUCACGUGUUCCCGCUCUUGCCUACUACCCCGAUGCCUUCUAGCUAUGUUGCUUCAGCCCCCGUUGUUGUGGAAGCUUUCCAGUACCAGCGGUACAACAUGAUGACUGGGGUGUGGUCGGCACCGUACAUGAGCCACGACGGGCCAGAGUUCACGACAAAGGACUGGCGACACGGCCACCCCGCGGACAGACGGGAGAGGCCCCUGGAGUCCAUCGCCUUACCCGACGAGAGGUUGUGGGUGUGGAGGGACGACUGGCACGUGGACUUCUCCAAGGCAGUUGGCACAGAAAUCGACGAGGCUGGAUGGGAGUACCGCGUCGAGAUGGCGUCGUUUAACCUCAUCGCCAGCAGCCGGACUCGCAGGGACCUUGACCAGGCGCGGCGGCGCAAGUGGAUUCGCACCCGCGCGCCCAAGCCAUUGCCGAUGAACGAUCCCUUCCGCCCGCUGCACAUCGCCUGGCAGAUCGACGUCACCCCGCAGGGCCGCAUCGAGGCGACAAUCCGCUCCACGGUCCAGCUAGCGAACAGCACUGGCCUCCCCCUGGAGGUGCGCGCUCUGUGCUCCGUGUGGCCGGCGACGGAAGACAUCUCCGAAGGCCCCGGCAGGCGCUCCCUGGGAUUUGUCGCCCCCGGGUGCGUGCUGGACGUUCCCGUCAUGAUGGUCUACGCCAGCCACCUGCAGCUGCGGCCGACCUCGUCGUCAGGCUCGUCAACCGACGGGUUCUCGUCCAUCGCUGUCGGAGGACGUGCUGGGGGAAAAUGUUCACAGGAGGGGAAGGUCUUCGAGUGGAGCGCACCGCUAGCCUUGCUCGCGAAUAACGUGGACACCUCUCGCGACGACUGGGUGUCGUGCCGCCAGCUCUUGGGUGACGGCAUCGGCGCCGGGAGUGAAGGACAGCAGGAUUCGACGCUGGCCGCCAUCAAAUUCGCCGUGCACGCGGAGAACACUGCGGAGGGCUGUGUUGUCAUGACCGUCCUACCACCCGUGACCGUCGUGAACGCCCUCCCUUGCCCCCUGAGCUUCCGGGCGUUUUUGCCAGCGGGUUCGACGGCAGCGGUUCGUCGAGACUCGCCCUUUCGGGGAGCGACAGCCGCUCGUGCUCCCGCCGCUCAAACGUCAGCCGCGAGGUUGCUGGAAUCGGGUAGGGUGGAAACGGCGGAAACGGCCUACCUGCACACCCUCGAGGUCGGUGACGGCGCCAAGUUUGGCAUCAAGAUCGGGCACCACCAGUGGAGCUCCGCCCUUCAACUUCUCCCUCUGACGCGGGAGGAGCUGCGGGCGGGACGCUGGGCCACGCGAGGCGUGACGUUCAAGCUUCCGUGUUCACGCGACGAUGGCGGGGGUAGCGGCGGCGGCGGAGAGCGUGGUCAUCUUGAAAUGCGGUGCCUCUUCGAACCGCGUGUUGGGGCGUUCUGCCCAGCGUUACGCCUCCACGUGUUCUGCACCCACUGGCUCGUGGACCGGUCGGGUCUGCGGCUCGGGUUCGGGGUUUCCGAUAGGCGGAGGCUUCCGGUGCCGGUGGUCCGCGGCAACAAGAUCCAUACACAAGACGUGGCGAAAAGCGAAGCCAGCGGGAGGGGACAAGUCGAACAGCCGCGUCAGGCUCGGGCGUCCCGCGUGGAGCAGGUGUCCUGCGCGAGCACCAGCGGGUGUGUCGUGUCCAUCGCAACUGUCGGUGGCCUCCUCUACACCGACCGCGAGUACGUGUUUAAGGAGGACUCGCUGCCUCGUGCGUUCCGCGGAGCUACCAUGAUCCGUACCUCCUGCUCCGAGAAGAACAACGACAGUCAGCGCUUUCUCAGGUUCAGGGUGGCGGACGCCUCGACGGUGCACGUGCUGUUCGAUCGCCGUUGCUCGUACCCCCCGAGCUGGUUGACGUCCGCGUUCCGCCUUACGGCCACACGGGUGCACAUGCCUCAAAGGACAAGGAAGGGUAAGAUCGCGGAGUGCUCCCUUGUGGUGUGGAGCCGCGACGUCCCCGCGGGUUCCUGGGUCGACCUCGGCGGGAACAGGGCUAGCGAGGCGGACACCAUGUACGUCGUGAUCAUCACCGAGGGGCAAGAGGCCGCCCCUCCCAGAGCCGUCCCCGCCGAAGACGUCGCCGCGGCUGGAACAUCCACCUCCGGCGGCGUCAAGCGCAAGAUCAACAGCAAGGGGGAACUCUUGGAGUCGUGGACCCUCGGCACAGAGGGCCUCGCGCUUUGCAACGUUCCGAAAGAGCGGUUGCGGGUGGCGGUGCCUGAAGGUGCGGGGCGUGGCAUCGACGGCGGCGUCUGCGGUGUCUACGGCGAUGACGGUUUCGGCCGCUUGACGCAGGACGCGUGGUCGGACGAGCUCGACGUUCCCGGUGGCGCAAACGGAGUGUUCCAAGUCAAGGGCACCCAGGGAGAGGUCUACGAGCUAGCGCUCCGGGCGGAGGUGUGCCCAGGCACGUUCCACCGCACCACCCAGGUCACCGUGGUCCCCCGCUUCUGCAUGGUGAACCUGCUCGGGGAUGAGAACAUCUGGCUCAAGGAAGCCGGGGCGCCCGAAUCCAGCGCCAUUUACAUUCCGCCGGGCGGACGGCUCCCGUGGCACUGGAUGCUCGGGAGGAACCAACGCGCCGGCGUAAGGGUUCGAACGGAGGGCACCGCAUGGAGCUACGGCGACGUGGUCAUCAACCGGGUCGGUACCACGGCCGUGCACGUUCCCUUCGUCGGGCAGAACCAAGAUCGCGACGGGCGGGCCGGCGGGCGCAGCGGCGGAGGCCCGAUGCAGCUGGACGCACCCGGGGGAGAACAGACGGUGGUGCACGUGGACGUACAGCUCGCCGACGAUCCAUUCGUCGACGAGUACUCCUUGCUGGUCGUUUUCUGGAAGGCCAACGGGCGGUUCGCCCCCAUCUACUCCGCACACAAUGCGAGCCCCGUCACAGUACACCUCCACCAGGCCGUCGCCGACCGGGAGGGGCGAAACGCCGUGACUGCUAAGGACGUCUGGAAGCUCCAGUCGGGAGAGAGACGCCAGAUAGGGUGGUGCUACCCCGCCGCGCCGCGUUGCCUGCUCAUCUACGCUGGAAGGGGGACCCGCGCCGUCGAGCUCAACACCGAUACAGUCGGGAACUACGUCAAGGUUCCUACUGGGUUGGCCAUGGCUGGGGGAGCCGCCGCCGGGGGCGGGGGUGUCGGCGGCACUGGAAGUGGCGCUAUGGGCCCGAGCUUCGUUUGGGCAAGCGUUAUCGUAAAGGGCGCCUCCAAGGGGCAGCAGCAGCAGCAAUACCAACAACAGCACCAAGGACAGCCGUUCCAGCAGCAGCAGUGGCAGCAAUUGAAUAGCGAGGAGGAAGCUGCAAGCAAGCUUAAGCGCGAGAGCGAAGCGCCGGCGCUGGAGGUGGCUGUAGACAUGCGCGGAUUCGGGUUGAGCCUGAUCGGACCGAUCGAUGGUCGUCGUCAAGAACUGCUUUAUGCACAGAUUUCCAACGUUCGGGCAAAGCUGUCGCGGGACAGGUUGUCCUCUGUACAAGCGUCGAUCGGCUCUCUCCAGGUGGACAACCACCUCCCGGACAGCAUAUAUCCCGUCCUUCUCAGCAAGAGACAGGAAGAGCCGCCUUCUGCAAGCGACGGAAGCCGUGGCGGCGGCAGCGGUAGCCUUGGGAGCGGAAGUGGUAGAAGCAGCAGCGGCAGGCCGCAGCAAGAAAUGCCCUUCCUUCAGGUGUCGAUCAUCAAGGAGGUCAACCAGACCACCAACACGGCCCACUACGACUACGUCGCCUUCCGGAUGCUGGAGGUGGACUUGAUGUCGGAUCGAGCGACCCUUCUGCACCUCCUGGUGUGGUGCAAGCCGCUACAGGGGUACCUCUUGAUGUGGAGGCAGCAGCUUGACAGCCCCGCUUGGGUGGUCGAGCGCACGGCGCAAGUGCUCGAGAGGGGCUCGCGCGACGUGCCGGGUGGCUCUGUCGACGUUGAGGAGGUCCGGCGUACUGCCCGCAUCCAACGGAAGUACUUCAAGACCAUGCAGUUCCACCCUAUCAUCUUGCGCUUGAGCUACGUCAACUCUCCCGCGUCGGACCAACUCGUCAAGAAAGCCGGGUGGGCUAUCAUCAACAAGAUCCCGACCAUGGUCAAGAGCCGGGUUGACUUGGCAUCCUACCUGGUGGAGGAUGCCUUUGGCACCGUCAGAGACAUCUCCAAGAACGUCAUGUCGCACUACUUCGUCGCUGCGACCUCGCAGGUGCUUAGCUUCGUGGGUGCCAUGCGCGCGUUGGGCAGCCCGGCGGACUUGAUCAGCAACAUCGGGGGCGGCGCUAAGGCUCUCGUGUACGCACCGGCGCAGGGCCUGGUGCAAGGGCCGGCCGAGUUCUUCGAAGGGGUUGGUCGCGGCGCUCACAGCUUUGUCAAAGGCGUCGGCGGAGCUGUUACCGACACGGUAUCUAAGCUAUCCUUCGACAACGAUUACCAGCUGAGGCGCGAGAGAGACAAGAACAAGGCCAUAGCCAGCCAGGGGGGCGUGGGCCAUGGACUGCUGCAGGGGAGCAAAGAUAUCGCUGGAGGCCUCACCUCGGGUGUUUCGGGAAUAUUCAUGGAUCCCGUAAGCGGAGCCAAGAAGGGAGGUGUCGGCGGAUUUUUUAAGGGCGUGGGGAAGGGCCUGGUUGGUGCCGUGGUGAAGCCCGUCGUGGGGGUGACCGACUCGGUCAUCUCGGUUGCGCAGGGGUAG